CCCCAGCGCCGAAAGAUGGUGUACAACUGGGACGAUAAGGAGAGUGAAUGUUAUCGGCUCUAUGUUCAGGAGAAGAAAAGUCUUGACGAGGUUGUCUCUUACUGGGAGCUGAGGGGUUUCUCGCCGAGCAAGCGUGCCUUUCAGAACCAGUUCAAACGAUGGGACUUCAGCAAGCAGAACCUGGCGCACAAGAAUCCCGCUCUCGUCGCCCGCCUGCAUGAGCUAUGGGCCCAGAAUUACACGCAAAAGGACAUGGUCGACACGCUGCAGAAUGAGGGCUUUCAGAUUAGCGACCGCGAGCUGAUGAGGCUGCGCAUCAGAUUGAAGCUGCUGCUUCGAGAGAGUGUGCCAAGACCCAAGAGACAGGCGCAUGCAGAGGGUGCGGUGCUGGAGAACAAGAAGCCCAGGAAGAACACGGUAUCUGGCAAGGGCCUGAUCAACCAGCUUGCGAACGCGAUACUGGCCGAGGACUCUUCCAGCAACGAGGAGAGCUCCGAAGAGGAAACCGGCCAGGAGCAACUGGACCAUGAGCUUGCCCACGCUCUGCAGCCGUCCAUGUCCCAGCCCGAGCCUGAGGUCAACGAGUCGCCUCCAGACAUAGAAGCCGCGCUACGGAAACAGCUGCGACAAGAACAACUACAAAUCGAAAGCGACGAGAAAUGGCGCACGCGCAAGCGGCGGCGUCGGACACGAGGCUGGGCAGGAUUGCCAGCAGACGCUCCAGGCGAGCCUCCACGCUUCCCGUCAGAGACCACCAUCGACGAGGCGAAAGCCCACCUUGGCCUGGACAACAAAAUGUAUCGCGAGUUGCGGGAGCGCUUCUCAGCCAUCUGCGAGCAAGAAGGCGUCGUCAAGAAGACGAUUGCGGGACCUGAGAAAUGGACGCACAUCGUUCAGCGGCUCAUCCGCGAGAGCGCUCAUCUGUCCAACGUCUUUGAACAUGAGCCUGAAGUUUUACAAAGCAAUGAGGCCGUCUUCAGACCCAAGGGCCAGAGAGCACUCUCGCUUGAUGUCAUCUGCAUGGACGUCACCAAGCGCCUGCGCACCAUGGAAAACCGCAUGAGUCUUCUCGACGCGAAGAACAUACUUGGCCUGAAUCCACAACACACGCGACAAGCUAGGAGUGCUUUCGCCGUCAAGCUUGGAACAGCGAGUUUCACCAACAAGUACGAGGCUGGGGAACAGCAGUGGGCAGACCUCAAGCAGGCAUGGGUCGAUGAAUCUGAACUGCUCACAAGAGCGCUUGCACAUGGCGAGGCAGACCCAGAGUAUGCACGGAAGCUGAAGGCUGUCGAGAUAUUGGCGCGAGACGUCAUGAAGAGACAACAACAGGAGAAGUUGGCGAAAGACCCGUCGAAGAGGAAGUCGUCGCAUCAAGGUCCUGGACCAGGCCCAGCGCCUCCAGUUGUGCCACCGCAUCCCUCCAUCCUGAGUCGACAGAGCGCGAAUCCCAUGCAGACAAACCACCCCGCUAUGCCGGCGACAUCCCCAACUGCAGACCUGCAAAUCGAUCCCUCGCUUCUGCUAGCCGCGAGUGACGCUGCGUUUCUUCCCGGGCCUACAUACCACCAAGCUGCACAUCAACUCCAACACGCUUCCCAACAACCCCACCACCACCCUCAAGACACCUACAUGUCCCACAACCAGACAUACUACACUUCAGCCUCGACCGCCGCUUCAACACCCCUCCCAAUCUAUUUCCGCCUACAUCCCCAUUCCACAACAGCCUUUCCCUCGAAAAGCGUAUGGCUCUCCCUCCUACACACCCCUUCUGUGACGGAAAUCCAUACUCUGGCGAUGCGCGAGCAUCCCGGCACCGUGGUGCUGAAACUCGAGGGCUUGAUCACUUAUAGAGACGCAACGGGAGAGAAGGAGGUUGUGGUGGAAGUCGGCGAUGAUGAGGAGUUGGGUGCGUAUUUGGGGCAUGUAGGGGGCCAGGGGAAGGCUACGUUUGUUGCGAUGCUGGGUGUGGGGAGCGGGGGAGGGUAUGCGUAGUGUGCAGUGUAAUGGGAGGGGAUGUUCGAAAGUGACGGGGCUUGAUGGAGGUUUGAAUGACGUUAAAUUGGAACUUGGUGUACGCCAGAAAAUGCUAUUAAGCGUUGCGACUAUGUUGCUAUGCUGCCUUGUAUCACUUCCUGGCCUACUCUCCUCGUCGAGAACUGUACCUGCAUCCCGUCAUAUAUCUUGGUUCGUUGAACGGAACUGAACUGCAGCGAAAUCUUGCAACACCUAGACAACUACAUAUAAGAUUGGUG